AUAAAAGAAACUAUAGCGAGAGAAAAGAGGGGGGAGAGAGAGAGAGCAAGAAUAGAAAAGGUUGGGGAUUGAAGGGCACUUCACCACUUUUACAUGUUGCUCGCAUCCACAGCAGAAAUUAUAAGGAAGACAGGGUACUACCGCAGAGCCACAGCAAGUAGGCAAGAGAAGAACCUGAGAGAGAGAGAGAGAUCCAACAAAAUUAACCCGCUUAUAACAAUCAAGGAGAUAAAAGAUGGUACAGAGUAUGAGAUAGCUAGCUAACUGGAUGAGUUUCCAAGAAGAAGAAGAAAAGCUUUAUUACAAGUUCUCUCUGUACUGUGUGUUCUCAAAUGGGAUGUUUAUGUUCUUCUUUUUUUCUCCUUUCUGAGCUCUCUCUUUGUGCAUUAAACAACUUGUCUUCUCUGGAAAAAAAAAAUCUGAAUUUGAUUUUAAAAGUGUUUUUUGUCUCUAGUUGCAAGGUACAACCUCCUGCUUUGUUAUAUUCAAACUAACCCAUAAAUAUUUUCCUUUCAGUUUUUUUUUUUUUUUUUGUCUGCCGAGUGUUAAACUUUGAGGGGCUGUGGUAACUGGUUGGGUAGGGGUGGGGUGGUUUCUUGAUUUUCUUGAAAUAAACUGGAGAUAUCUGGGGUUGCUCAAUUCUUGUUUCUUGUUGUUGAUUUUGUUAAAUGAAGGCCAUGCCCUUACCCUUUGAGGACUUUCAAGCGAAGGGGCUGUUGGGUUUCUCUUCUUAUUCUUCUUCCUCUCCAGAUCCAUUCCAUCAACACCACCACAAGUGGCAAAACAACAACAGCAAAGAAAGUUGUGGUUUUCUUGUGGGCAGUACUGAGCCCACAUCUGUGCUUGACACAAUAAGCAGACAAAGCCCGCCAACAUCCUCCUCAACACUGUCUUCUUCUCAAGGCGGAGGAGGUGGUGGCGGAGGAGCCUCCACCGACACCACCAACGGCGCGGCAGGUGCUGGUGGAAGCAGCCCUAGUGUAGAUGAAAAAUGCGGACCGCAACUUGGAAUGGAGGACUGGGAGAGUGUGUUGUCAGGGUCUCCUAUUCAAGAACAGUCCAUAUUAAGGUUAAUUAUGGGUGAUAUCGAGGACCCAUCUUUAGGACUUUACAAGCUGUUACAAAGUGGAAGUAGGUCUCAAGAUAUGGAGCUUAAUGCAUCAGGUUUCGGUGCAGUAGAUCAAGUUUUUGGCUUUGAAGUACCCAAUAUGAGUACAGCAAGUGCCAACUUGGCUGUCAACCACAACAAUUUUGACCCUUCUUCAAUCCAUGGGAUCAAUCUUUUGCCAGGUUUGUUUCAGCAACACCACCAGCAGGCAGCAUUUGAUCAAGACGAGAAGCCUCAGAUUUUGAAUCCAGGGGCGAUGAUCAACCAAAAUCAACAUCAGUUUGUGCAAAACCCAGCUAUGCUUUUGCCAUUGUCAUAUGCACAAUUAGAAGAGCAUCAUAAAAACCUGCAUUCCUUAUCACCACCGCCAUUGAAAAGGCUGAAUACUGGGCCUGUUGGAGCCAAUCAUGUGCCCAAAGUCUUUGAUUUGAGGCCUCCAGAAUUGUUUCUUCCCCGACAGCAGCAGCAGAAUCAUCAGUUUCAAAUGACGCAGCAUCAAAGGCAGGGAAUGAUUACGAAGCAGAAAAUUGCAAGUGAUGAAUUGGCAAACCAGCAGCAGCUUCAACAGGCAAUAAUAAACCCGAUAUGUCAAGCAGCAGAGCUGAUCGAAACUGGGAAUCCGGUACUUGCGCAAGGGAUAUUGGCGCGGCUCAAUCACCAGCUCUCUGUUCCAAUCGGUAAGCCUUAUCAAAGGACUGCCUUUUACUUCAAGGAGGCCUUGCAGUUACUUCUCAAUAUGAACAAUAACAACUCUAUUGGUACUGCUUGUAACCUGAUUUUCAAGAUUGGUGCUUAUAAAUCCUUCUCUGAGAUCUCACCGAUCCUUCAGUUUGCGAGUUUUACUUGUAACCAAGCCCUUCUUGAGGCUUUUGAGGGGUUUGAGAGAAUUCACGUUGUUGAUUUUGAUAUUGGGUAUGGUGGGCAGUGGGCUUCUCUUAUGCAAGAGCUGGCUUUGAGGAAUGGAGGUGCCCCAUCUCUUAAAAUCACCGCUUUUGCUUCUCCUUCUUCACAUGAUGAACUUGAGCUUGGUUUCACUCAAGAAAAUUUAAAAAUGUUUGCAAGUGAAAUCAACAUGCCAUUUGAGAUUGAAAUUUUAAGCCUUGAAUCCUUGAGCUCUGGUUCUUGGCCAAUGCCUCUCCGCCUAACAGAAAAGGAAGUAAUUGCUGUCAAUCUUCCAGUUGGCUCCUUUUCAAAUUACCCAUCAACUCUUCCUUUGGUGCUUCGCUUUGUGAAACAGCUCUUGCCCAAAGUUGUGGUCUCUUUGGACAGAGGCUGUGACCGAAGCGACCUCCCAUUUGCACACCAUGUAAAUCACGCCAUUCAAUCUUAUACAAGCCUGCUUGAAUCACUGGAUGCCGUGAAUGUGAAUUUAGAUGCAGUGCAAAAGAUUGAGAGGUUUUUGGUCCAACCAGGCAUUGAAAAAACAGUACUGGGUCGGCAUAGCUGCCCUGAUAGGACUCCUCCUUGGAGAAGUCUGUUUUUGCAGUCUGGUUUUACUCCAUUGACUUUCAGCAACUUUACCGAGUCACAGGCUGAGUAUUUAGUGCAACGUACUCCAGUUAGGGGUUUCCAUGUUGAAAAGAGGCAAUCUUCGCUUGUUCUUUGCUGGCAACAUAAGGACCUCGUUUCAGCUUCUGCUUGGAGGUGUUAAAGAAUGGGAAUUAGCUUUUUGGAUAGUGGUUCCAAGGUGCUGAGCUCCUAACCCCUGGUUUAAUUUCUAAUAUAUAUGUGUGUGUGAUUUUCCUGUCACUGGUUCUCUUUCGCUAAGUGUCCAUGUGCUGCUGGACUAUUAUUUCCAAUCAAGAAACUGAAUGUUUUAGUAACUGGAUGGGUGUACAGUUCUUAUUUUCUGUCACUUAGUUAUUGCUUA